AGAAGAGAGAAGAAAGAGGCGGCUUUUGAAUCUGACUACUCCGGAAUGGGUGAUAAUUAAUGAGAGUCAUCACGGCCUCUUUGAGGACGACAACAAAGAGUAUUCUAGUUUAUGAGGAUACUCUUUCUUUCAACCCUAGCUAGCUAGUUCCAGUUCCUCUCACACUAAUAACUACUGGACGCAAUUACUUUUUUCCUAUCACAUCUUUCUCUAAUUAGAUCUAUGCUGGGUCCUAGAUCAUGAAUUUCUUCGAUCAAGGAGGUACACGCCCAUUUUCUCAUUCUUCUUCUUCCAGCCAGAAGAUUAUAGUUCCUGAUUUCUCUUAUCAGCAAAGAAGCACCACUAAUAAUGGUGAAGAUAGUACUGAUCUCGUGAUGAAUAUGGAUCUUCACCCUGCAGAUGAAGUUGGUGAAAGUAAUACGAUUGAGCGAGAACACAUGUUCGAUAAGGUAGUCACUCCCAGUGACGUCGGCAAGCUCAAUCGGUUAGUCAUCCCCAAACAGCACGCUGAAAAGUAUUUUCCUCUGGAUUCCUCUACCAACGAGAAAGGCCUCCUUCUCAAUUUCGAAGACAGGAAUGGAAAGCCUUGGCGCUUCAGAUAUUCCUAUUGGAAUAGCAGUCAAAGCUAUGUAAUGACCAAAGGUUGGAGCCGCUUCGUCAAGGAGAAGAAGCUCGAUGCCGGGGAUAUUGUCUCAUUUCAGCGUGGAGUCGGUGAAUUGGGCAAGGAUCGUCUCUUCAUCGACUGGAGGCGCCGUCCAGACGCCCCCGACCAUCUCCACUACACCCACUUCACUAAUCAUCAUCUCCAUAAUACCUUGUACAGCUCUAAUAUUCAGUACCCAGCUGCUGCUGCUUGGAAUCGUCCUCUCUUUUUGCAGCCUCCUCCUCCUCCUGACCAUUCACAUUUACAAUAUUCCCUGGGACCUGCAGCUGGCAGCAUGCCUCAUCAUCAUCAACAACAAUCUCACGGAUCCAGUCCUAAUAAUUACCACGACACUUGCAAUUUCAACAACAGCCGUACAACUGUGGUAAAUGGAAACCCUUGUCCGAGCGGGUCAGUAGUUUAUCUCAGAUCGGGGUCAGCCCAAGUCCCACAACAGGCUGGGUUAAUGCAAUUAAGAGGUCAUAGUAAUAGCACUAGUGGCAGGGUUGUGGAGCCAGUGGUGUUCGACUCCGUACCGGUUGUUCAAGGCAAGGCAGCAGCAAAGCGAUUCAGGUUGUUCGGUGUGAAUAUGGACUGUCCCAUCUCAGACUCGGAUGAAUCAUGUGAAAUCACGUCCUCGUCUUCUUCCUUGCCUAAUCCCGCCACUACAGCAACUUAUUCUCAUGUCCCCCAAUUUUCAUCAUUAUCAUUCAGAACUUUUAACAACUAUGAUACCAACCCGCCGGCAGCCACCGAAGAAGAAUCGUUCGACAAAGGUUGUUGUUCUUGUCGCUGCUUCGUUGGGCACGCCCCCCAGGUACUGCGAUUGCUUCAGAUUAGCUAGCUAGCUAGCUAGCUUUUAUAAAAGGUACGUACAUAACAUUUCAUCUUGACUAACUUGGCCAUCUAUCAUCAACUGAUCAUGCGAGCUACCU